CUCGAGAAAAAAAAAAAGUUGCGACUACACCUUUUCGCGACGACAUUUCAUCGACAUUUCAGACUUCAUUCAUCAUCUCACUGACAAGUUUUUCACACACUCAAUUUCCUCACAAUUGGUCGCAUCUUACCAGUAAUACAUCUUGAACGAUAUUGAGUCGGCAGUCCGAAAAAUUGUGAAUCGCCAAAGUCAGCAACGAUUCACCGCCAGCCGCUCACAACGGGCAAAUCGCCCUCAACAGCCAGCUUUAGAGAGUCACCGCAGCUUCAAACUCACAAUGGUCACCACACGGAACGGAAAGCGCACAGCCGCCGAGGCCCCCGCCGCAGCUGCGGACACCAAGAAGCAGAAGCUCCCAGUCCGGGCAAAGGAGGGCAAGACGGCCGCCAGCAAGAAGGACGAGACCAGCCGUUCGUCGUCAUCAUCAUCAACAAAAAAGAGGUCCUCCUUUGUCGUGGAGUUGAAAUCGGCAGCCGGCACGGCUACGGGCGCGCAGGACGUCAAGGAGAAGCAGGUCAUCACAGGCGCCGAGCAGCCCGCGCCCAGGACGGACGACGAGGAGAUUGGGGAUUCUGACGCCUCGCCCGAGUCGGUCGGCGAUGAUGCGCACGAGGCGGCGGAGCAGCUUGCGGCAGAGGCCAAGACGGCGCUCGUUGCCGAGGGAGGUGACGACGGCGACGACGAUUCCGACUCGGAUGCGGCGCCCGAGGCUGUUUCUACGUCCAAGGCUGCCGUGCAGGCCAAGAAGUCUGCGCAGGCUGCCAACAAGGCCAUUGCGGAACAACAAGCCAACCAGAAGCGCAAGCGCCAAGAGCGCAACGCCCGGCUUCAAGAACAGGCCGCGGCGCGCAAGGCUCAAGAGGAUGCGACGCCGGCGGAGAAGUCGAGUGAGGAGGAGGAGGAGGAGAACGGCGAGGAGACGGCCGAGACCCCGGCGCGGGAGGCCACCACCACAGGACGCCGGAAGAGGCUGGAUCUUCCUUCGGAGCUCCCGGCCGAGUUCCUCGAGUCCGACUCGGAGGAGGACGGUGGGAGCGAGGACGGGGCGGGGGAUCGCAAGCCCCGCAAGGCACGGAAGCUCGAGACGGCGGAGGCACAGCUCCUGCGCGAGGCCCGCGCGCCUAGGGACGAGGUCGUCGGCACGACCGUGUUCCGGACCGUCAAGAAGGAGGACGAUAGGCUGGCGCCCAAGGCGCAGAAGUAUUCCGUCAAUGCGAAGAAGGCGUUGCUGGCUCGCGGUAGGGCGCCGGUGAAGGCGCGCAGGGGGUUUCUGGUUUAGGAUGUUGUAGCGAGGGGGGUGCUAAUGGUCGUAGACGUUGCCUGGAAAAGGCAAUGAAUGAUACACAAAAGUUUUUUUUUGGGUUUGCAGUCAAGCGGAGUAUAUGAAAGUGAGGUUGC